CCUUUAUGAGUUCAAUCACUUCGCUUUUUUCCAGUUUGCAGGCACUAAGGGAAGACAGAUUCACGAGGCAAGCCUCAUUUCUAAUGAAGUUAUUGACAGUCAAAGAAGAAGCGGAAAGCCGAAUGUUGUAAUUAAGUUGGACAUCGAAAAGGCCUUCGACUCAAUUAAUUGGGAAUGCAUUUUCAAGACUCUUAAGGCUAUGGAGGUGUGUCCGAGAUUUCUUAAGUGGAUUAAAGGAUCCAUCUCCUCGACAAAAAAAUCGGUGUUGGUUAAUGUGGAGGCUAGUGGUUUCUUUAGGAUGAAGAGAGGAGUUAAAUAGGGAGACCUGCUAUCUCCCUUCCUCUUCAAUAUGGAGAUGGAUAUUAUGUCCUAUAUCUUAAUUGAGAUCAAGGAGGCAGGUUUCCUUAAUGGUUUUUGCAUUGAUGAAGAGGAUCGUCGUGUGGAGGUAACCCAUCUUCUAUAUGCAGAGGAUGCGAUUGUGUUCUCUGAAGGCAACGCGGAUGAUGUUACCAAUGUUCUUGCUGCUUUAGUGUGUUUCCAGAGCAUAACCGGGGUGGAGAUCAACUUGCAAAAAACAAGGGUGCAUCCAGUUGGCAAAGGGCAUAAUCUGGACAUAAUAGUGGACAAUUUGGGAUGUGAUUGGGAAGCCCCUUCCAAUGACUUACCUGGGUUUACCUCUUGGGGCCUUGAGCGACUCUUCGAUGUUCUAGAAUUCAGUCAUUAACAAAGUGUAGAGAAGAUUGGAGGUUGGAAAGGAAACUUCCUUUCUUUCUGUGGUAGUUCUGAAUAACUCUGUUCUGGCCUCAAAAGCUGUAACUUCAGCGCUCAAAAAGAUCUAGAGAAACUUUAUUUGGUUUGGGACUGAGGACAGGAAAAAUGCCACUUAAUCUCAGGGGCUAGGAAUUCAUGACAUUAAACUCCAUAACAUCGC